AUGAGGUGCAGCUGUUCUGUCCAUAGGAUAAAGCCGGUUCUGAAGGUGGAGGGCAUGUCCAAUGGGAUGUCCCUGGGGCGGGCAGCAGCAGGGGCAGGGCUCAGUGACAUCUCAGCUCAGGUGCAACAAUACCAGCAGUUCCUGGACGCGUCGCCGCUGCCUGAGUUCCCAGAGUUGGAUCUGCACAGACCUCUUCCUGACGGGAUCAUUCCAGAACACAUCACAGCCUUCCAACAGCUCUACAGGGAACACUGUGAGGCCAUUCUGGAUGUGAUGGUGAACCUGCAGUUCACUCUGGUGGAGACGCUGUGGAAAACCUUCUGGAGGUUCAGCGAGAGCAUCGACGCAGACACACUCGGCGUUCAUGGUGAGUCAGAGGAGCGUCUACCUAAGUGGUACCUGGUGGUGCUGUGUAAGUACCAGCCAGUUGUUCACUGGACCAGAGACUGUGACAACACACUGUACCAGGCCCUGGUGGAGAUCCUCAUCCCUGACGUAUUACGACCCAUCCCCAGUGCCUUAACUCAAGCCAUCCGUAACUUUGCCAAGAGUCUAGAGAUCUGGCUGACAAGCGCCAUGAUGAACAUACCAGAGGAGAUGGUCCGCAUCAAGGUGGUGUGUGCGGGAGCAUUUGCCCAGACGCUGCGUCGCUACACCAGUCUAAACCACCUGGCCCAGGCAGCCAGGGCCGUCCUCCAGAACACAGCCCAGAUCAAUCAGAUGCUGAGUGACCUCAACAGAGUUGACUUCACCAACGUGCAGGAGCAGGCGUCGUGGGUGUGUGGUUGUGAGGAUGGUGUGAUCCAGAGGUUGGAGCAGGACUUCAAGCAGACGUUACAACAACAUAAUUCUCUGGAGCAGUGGGCUGCCUGGCUGGACGGCGUGGUCUCCCAGGUCCUAAAGCCUUACCAACACAGCCCUGCAGCCUUCCCUAAGGCUGCCAAGCUCUUCCUGCUGCGAUGGAGCUUCUACAGCUCCAUGGUGAUCCGGGACCUGACUCUGCGUAGUGCUGCCAGCUUUGGAUCCUUCCACCUGAUCAGACUGCUGUAUGAUGAGUACAUGUACUACCUGGUAGAACACAGAGUGGCCCAGGCUAAAGGAGAGACGCCCAUCGCUGUCAUGGGAGAGUUUGCCAGUGUGGGCAGGAGUCUGAACGGUCAGGACCCUGAUAAAGAUGAGGAAGAGGAUGAGGAGGAGAGUGAMGAAGAGGGGGUAGAGAUGACCGUGCCGUCUAACUCCGCUGGUCUGGGAGAGGGGGAGGAGUCACUGGAGCCGCCCGUCAAGCUAGCCAGGACUGACCCCCGGGGACUGUUCAAUACCACACACACAGAGUGACUCACACACACCCAACACGCACGCGCACUGACAACUUAAAGACACGCUCUCGACCUCGCCGUUGGCUAACAUAACACACACACACCCUCAAUAACACACAUACACACACUCAUCCUUUGCCUUAAUGAUAGUUUGCUAUGAGCCCAUUUGUGAUCCCAAUGCCAUUAAGUUCCUUAUCUGUUCCUGCAACCUCACAACCUGUUUGUCUGCAGCCUUGAUCUCGUGUGUGUGUGUGUGUGUGUGUGUGUGGUGUGUGUGUGUGUGUGU